UAGUCUUGAGCCGCAAAUAAAGAACAUGUGGUAGAUGACUUGCAACGACAAGCCAAGAUUCUUGAAUCUGAAUAAAUCUCGGAACCAGACACUCAUAAGACAUACAGAUAUAGCUGAUCGGUUACCUGUUAAGUUAGGUUGGAGAAGUUCUGUACCUUCCUUGUUUGGUGAAAGUCCAAUUUUGGACUAAAAUUCUGGAAUUUCAGCCUUCAACCUCUCAAUUAUUUUGUUCUCUGCUGGUUCGGUUGAAAGGGAAGUUAUAUCAUAUCAUGAUAACCAUUAAUUUAACAGAAAUGUUAAUUUUGAAACCUCUAAAAUUCUCAUUACACGUUUUAUCAAUUCACUAAAUAAAUCAAGCUUUCUAUAUUAGCUCUCUGGUGGACCGGCAGCUCCAAAGGCUGAUGAUCACCUAACCAUUUGUGGGUUAGUAUAUAGUUAAAUCAGCCAAAAAUUUCAAUCCAACAGUUUUUACAUCUAAUCCAGUAUUGGCAAUUGUAGCAAGGUCAGCAGACUUCAAGAUUUCUUCUAGCCUCUAAAAUUUGUCAAACUGGCCUCAUUUUCUGCUCUAACAUGCUCUAGCAAAUAAGAAUCCAUUUGUUUUGUGGUUUUGCUCAAGUCGCCCAAGGAAAAGAACCGAGCCAUGGAAGAAUCGAAAGAUGAGAUAAGAGCUCCUCUCAUACCUAAAGAUGAGAAGGAUGAAGAUGUUAGCAAUACAUACUCCGCCUCCUCAUCAUCAUCACAGGCCAUGCCAUCAAAAUUUCAAUCAGAGAUCAAAGAAGUGCAAGAAGAAGAGGAGAACUCACCCGUUAGACAAGUGGCCUUAACCGUACCAACCACAGAUGACCCUUCUCUACCAGUCCUCACAUUUCGAAUGUGGGUCUUAGGCACUAUUUCAUGUGUCAUCCUAUCAUUUCUUAACCAGUUCUUUUGGUACCGCACAGAACCGUUGACAAUCACGGCCAUCUCUGCCCAGAUUGCAGUGGUUCCUCUUGGCCGAUUGAUGGCUGCCAAAAUCACAGACCGUGUUUUCUUCAAAGGAACUCGCUGGGAAUUCACCUUGAAUCCAGGGCCCUUCAAUGUCAAAGAACAUGUUCUUAUUACAAUCUUUGCCAACUCUGGAGCUGGCAGCGUCUAUGCCAUUCAUGUUGUGACUGUUGUUAAAGUGUUUUAUAAGCAGCACAUUACUUUCUUUGUCUCAUUGAUUGUUAUCAUAACGACUCAGGUGUUGGGAUUCGGAUGGGCUGGUAUAUUCAGGAGGUACCUAGUGGAACCAGCAGCUAUGUGGUGGCCUGCAAAUCUUGUUCAAGUUUCUCUCUUCAGGGCACUGCACGAGAAGGAAGAGAGGGCCAAGGGUGGGGUGACGAGAACCCAAUUCUUCCUAAUUGCCUUGGUUUGCAGUUUUGCUUACUAUGUCUUCCCAGGCUACCUCUUUGAAAUGUUAACGUCCCUCUCUUGGAUUUGCUGGAUAUUUCCGAAAUCUGUGCUAGCCCAACAACUCGGUUCAGGCCUGUAUGGGCUAGGAAUAGGUGCUGUUGGGCUCGACUGGUCCACCAUCUCCUCUUAUCUUGGUAGCCCGCUUGCAAGCCCAUGGUUUGCCACAGCAAAUGUUGCUGCAGGAUUUAUCCUAGUCAUGUAUGUUUUGACUCCCAUCUGCUACUGGCUUAAUGUCUACAAAGCCAAAACCUUCCCCAUAUUCUCCGACGAACUCUUCACGUCGACAGGUCAUGAAUACAAUAUCACAUCUAUCAUCGAUUCGAAUUUUCACCUUGACAUUGCGGCUUAUGAAAAAGAAGGACCUCUAUACCUUAGCACAUUUUUUGCAAUGACUUAUGGUGUUGGUUUCGCUGCACUGACUGCUACAGUUGUUCAUGUUGCGCUAUUUCAUGGAAGAGAAAUAUGGGAGCAAAGCAAAGCUAGUUUCCAGGAGAAAAAAAUGGACAUACAUACCAGACUCAUGAGGAAGUAUAAGCAAGUCCCUGAAUGGUGGUUUGUGUGCAUCCUUUUGGCAAACAUUGCUGCCACCAUAUUUGCCUGUGAGUAUUACAAUGACCAACUUCAGCUUCCAUGGUGGGGAGUUCUACUAGCAUGUGGUAUUGCCAUUGUAUUCACACUUCCUAUUGGCAUCAUUACAGCCAUCACAAACCAGACACCAGGCUUGAACAUCAUCACUGAAUAUAUAAUUGGGUAUAUAUAUCCAGGAUAUCCAGUAGCUAAUAUGUGCUUCAAGGUGUAUGGAUACAUAAGCAUGACACAGGCUGUUACCUUCCUGCAAGACUUCAAGCUUGGUCACUAUAUGAAAAUUCCGCCAAGAACAAUGUUCAUGGCACAGAUCGUGGGCACCAUCAUUGCUUGCUUUGUGUACCUGGGAACUGCCUGGUGGCUGAUGGAGACCAUCUCUGAUAUUUGUGACACAACAGCCUCCGAUAGCGUCUGGACUUGUCCAAGUGAUACUGUGUUUUACGAUGCAUCUGUUAUCUGGGGUUUAAUAGGGCCUCGAAGAAUUUUCGGAGACUUGGGAACUUAUGAGGCUGUCAAUUGGUUCUUCCUUGGUGGAGCAAUUGCUCCAGUUCUUGUCUGGUUGGCCUCCAAGGCCUUCCCUCAUCAAGAAUGGAUCAAGCUCAUUAACAUGCCAGUCUUGAUAGGUGCCACAGGAAUGAUGCCACCAGCUACUGCAGUCAACUAUACUACCUGGAUCAUUGUUGGCUUCUUCUCUGGCUUCGUUGUGUAUAGGUAUCGACCUGAUUUGUGGCAACGAUACAAUUAUGUUCUUUCCGGGUCAUUGGAUGCUGGCCUUGCUUUUAUGGGUGUGCUGUUAUAUUUGUGCUUGGGAUUAGAAAAUAUUAGUCUAGACUGGUGGGGAAAUGAUCUUGAUGGAUGCCCACUGGCUAGCUGUCCAACAGCCAAAGGUAUAGAGGUUGAAGGCUGCCCAGUUUUCACCUAGGAGUCCGAGAGUUUAUCUCUUUGUAAAUCUUGAAGAUUCUUUGUAAAUCUUGAAGAUGUGUAACUAAAAAAAAAAUGAGUACGCUAAUAAUGAGUAUUAAUUAGUAUAAAUUAAAAA